AUGACGGCCCUGCGUGCCCUGCGUGCACUCCAGGCACUUUUUUCGUUUGCCUACUUGGCUCUCGUGAUUUUAACUGUACCCUUAGCUUUUGAUGUGGGCGGAAUACCUUGUGGGUUAAGCUACUCAUUUACGCUUUUCAGUAUUUAUUUCGUUCUUACCACAGUCAGAAUGAUCACAAAGAAGUCUCGUUGGUUCAGGUGGGUGUCGCUUCUUUACUAUACCCAGCAUUUUGUUAUACCGAGCUUGCUCACAUUUUUCUUGUCGUAUUACUCCACUAAACAACCAUCACCUCGACUCAAUCCAGUUGACGUUUGGAAGUUUUGCGUGGUAAAUUCGACUCCAAUCAUCACCAUCAUGGAGGGGUUUUGCUCUCUUCUUCUCAUUCAAGCCGUGGGCCAAACCCUCAACUGGUUCACCAUACACCGCUCGGAUAACUGGUUAAUUGUGUCAUUGGUGGGUAGCGGAUUGACCACAACGACUGCUUGCUACUUCUUGUACCGUAUCUACACCUUGAACUUUACCAUCGAUAUGGUCAAUGCUUCUUUACUCGGGUCGUCGCUUACCCUCACCAUUGGAAUUGGAGCUUUUGGAAUUGUGUCUGGUCGUGGAAGUAUGAUCGAAUCCUCAUUGCUUCUUGCAUAUAUCGUUCGGUGCAUCUACGAAACCUUCCCAGACCUUUCUGAGAACGCUUCUGAGGCAUUAGCAUCGUUGUUUGCUCAAACGACUACAACAUUAAAGAAUCAAAUCCCGCUACUUCCUCCAACAAUUAUCGAUACCGUACUGAAUGCGGUUCCCUUUUUAGCCUCUAAUUUGCCAAUGACAAUGAAAACAAUCUGGCACUUUUUGGUGAUUUCCUUACAGAAACUAACGAUUCCACUCCUCCUCAGCUUGGCUUAUCGUCUUUCGGUUUUCUACGCGGCAACGAAAAUCAUUCCCUCCCUUUACUACGGAUCCAUGUACCCCACGUUCUCCCCUCCACGAACACCAGCGUCCAAGUCGAGACAAAGCUCGUCUUCGUCAUUAUUUCAAGAAAGCACAAUCUCUAAACCUCCACAGAAAAAAAUUCGCACCCGUCAACCAAAAGCUACCAUCCUCAAGCUAAUCUACGCAUAUUCCCCUUGCUUCAUCAUCUUUGCCUACACCCACUUGAUGAUGCAAUAUUCGGGUCAAUUGGGCACUGAACUCAAAUUAUGGGGGUUUUGGGAGUCGUCAGACUUCACCGUCAUCGUGCAUCCUUGGCAGUUCUGGAACUGGAUCAAUAUGGCUACUACAUUGUUGCUCUACACCGCCGAGCUUCUGGGGAACACAUCACCAUCGGGAGGGAAUGCUCUAACCAGUCACUGGAAAGUUGAGUAG